AUGCAACGAAGUAACUUUUUGGCAACUGUCCCUAUAUUUCAGAGACUAACGAGAGCUACCCCGCCGCAAUGGAAAAACAAGGCGCGGGAAACUGACGUAUUUCUCCCUACUUUGACAAAAAUUUUCAAAUUCUCCAAGUGGUUUGGAAUACCUACGUACGGGAACAAAAUUUAUUUCAUCUGGGCCACAAUCAUACUUCUACUUCUGUUCACCAUCGUGGUAGCUUCCAUAGUAAAAGUCAUCAGGUCACUUGCUGGAUUAGCACAACAUGAUAGCGAUGGGCGUGGAGUCACAGCAAGAUUAUCAGGAGCAAUUUUCUACACAAACGGGUUGCUGUCACAAAUCCUCUCUUGGAGACUCAUAGCAUCGUGGAAAAGGCUGUCUCACCAUUGGCUGAGGGUCGAGAUCACUUCGUUACAUUUACCUCAAGAUCAAAAGAUUAGACGGAGAGUGGUGAUCGUCACUUGUUUUGUGGCUGUGUGCGCUAUGUCUGAACACAUGCUCAGUAUGAUGUCAGCCACUGGCUUUACCAUCCACCCUGAGGAAUACUUUGACAGGUAUAUGUUGAGUUCUCAUGGCUUCUUAUUCCAUACUGAAAACUACAGUCUAUGGAAAGUUAUACCAACGUUCAUUAUGAGCAAGCUUGCCACCGUUUUCUGGAACUUCCAAGACCUUAUCAUCAUUCUGAUAAGUAUGGGUUUGACAUCUCGGUAUAACAGGCUGAAUUUUUAUGUAAAACAUAUUGUAGCCAAGUCAAGAAGAAACCGCUCCAAGACAGACUCAGACAUGUUUCUCCACAUCCAAAUUUGGCGCAAACUGAGGGAGGCUUACGUAAAACAAUCAUCUUUGGUCCGCACAUUCGACAGACACCUUGGACCUCUAGUGCUGCUGUCAAAUAUUAAUAAUCUUUAUUUCAUCUGUCUCCAACUAUUCCUCGGACUAAACCGCGGCGAGAGAGGCGUAGUCAACCGGAUGUACUACUUCCUAUCUCUGAGUUGGUUGCUCUUCAGAGCUUGCAGUGUGGUGUUGGCGGCAGCUGACGUCAACCUGCACUCUAAACGAGCUCUCAUGUAUUUGAGUCAGUGCCCUGAUACUGGAUAUAAUCUUGAGGUAAAGAGAUUGAAACACCAGCUCACUCACGAUAAAGUGGUACUAAGUGGAAUGGGCUUAUUUUCUUUGGACAGGCAAAACUUAUUGGGAGUGGCCGGAAAUAUAGUUAAAUACGAAAUGGUAUUAUUUCAGUACGACAAAGAUAAUUGA